GUAAAUUUAAAUGAAAAUCUCUAUUAGGGUUUAAGGAUCGAAGAAACGAAAAAGGAAAGAACAAUGAGAGAAAUUGAAUUAUCACUGACCCAAACGCAAAGAAUUCGACUUCAACGAGCUCUAGAAAAGCUUCAAAAUAUCUCUUCCAAAUCCAAUGCCAAUGCUUCUGUCACCAUCGCCGAUUCCAUUCCUGUAAACUUCGAAGAUGGCGUUCUGAAGGGUCAUGGAACUUCAGAACUUGAUGGACAAGUUGUUGCUACUGUUUGCGGAGUUGUUGAGCGAGUUAACAAGCUCGUUUACGUUCGUGCUUUGCGUUCUAGGUAUAAGCCUGAAACUGGAGAUAUUUUAGUUGGACGAGUUAUUGAGGUUUCUCAAAAACGGUGGAGAGUUGAGAUUAAUUCAAACCAAGAUGCGGUUUUGAUGCUUUCUUCAAUCACAUUGCCGGAUGGCAUCCAGAGGCGGCGUACUCCAGUUGAUGAACUUAAUAUGCGCAACAUUUUUGAAGAGAACGAUGUCAUCUCCGCCGAAGUUCGUAAUCUUCAACAUGAUGGUACUUGGCAGCUUCAUGCGAGGAGUGAUAAGUAUGGCAAGCUUGACAGGGGUCAAUUAAUUUCUGUCCCUUCUUAUUUGGUUAAAAGACGUAAACAACACUUCCAUCAGUUAGAUCAGUACGGAGUUCUCUUGAUACUCGGAUGCAAUGGCUAUGUCUGGGUUGGUGAACUCAUCGAAGCAAAAGACGCAAUGGAAGUGGAUUCUGUCAAAGAAUUUGAAAACUCCAAUACAAGUACCAGUGGCGUUUAUAGUCUCCUAGUAGACGAGCCAAGUUACACACCCUUAGAAAUACGCCAGAACAUAUGCAGGAUUGCGAAUGCUGUCAGAGUAUUGUCGAUUUUGGGUUUCAAUAUAACUGUUGAAGUGAUAUUGGAACUAUUCGAUUUGAGUACCUCGUUAAAUCUCGACAUACAUGACAUGCUUGGAGCUGAGUUCUGUGUUAUGGUUGCGGAGAAAGAGGCCGACAGACGCAGCACCGUAUAUAAGAGGAAGGGCUGAGUUUGUAUCUUCUAGAUUCAUUUGCUGAUGUGGUUUUUACUAAUCUUUUGAGGUAGCACUUUUUGUUUGUUUGUUUUUCUUCAAUGGGGAAGGUUAUUUUUUUUAGUCUUCUAGAGUAUUUUGAAGCAAUUAAACAUUUUUUUGGUUAUGGACAGAAUUAUUCAGUUUAAUGUUGUGGGAAGAACUAGUUUUUGAAGAAAUAUAUUGUGAUAUGGAUAUUCAAUCUGGAGUUGUUAAAUUGUACUAUCUUCUUUAGUGUUCUUAAUUGCAACACAUUUUUGUUUA